AUGUCUCCGCUACGCAGUGAGAAUCCAGUCUUUGCGGUCAUUGAUAGUUGCCCACUUGAUGGCAAAGUGGUUGACACCACUGGUGCUGGCGAUGCUUUUCUGGGAGCUCUAGCCGCCUUCUUAAGUAAACAGUUGAGAGGUGUAGCAGACAGAGAGAAAGUGGAUAUGAGCGAUAUAGUAGCUAAGGCCGGAAUG